AUGUACUCUUCAGCCGGUAAUCGUCGAAGCUGGAGUCCUACUGCCUACGUUCCUGGUCUGCGGAUAGCCCGCUGUUCCGGUGUUGCCGCUGACGCCGCCGCCGCCCUUGGUGGUAGUUCACCGAAGGAGGCCGCCGAUGUGACCGCCUCAACACCUCCCCAGCCCCUCCCGUCGUCUGCG